UUAUAUGUUUAGAAGUGAGGUCGUUUCUUAACACAAACGAUGCAAGAGGAGGAAGUUCAAUAUGCUGCAGUGACGUUCAAAAAUAAGAAAAAAAGAAAAUCAAUAUCUAAAAAUGGGGAAGAAUGUGCUUACGCUGAAGUAAAUGUGAAAAAUCUAAAUACUCAAGAGACUUCUGACUCAAAAGGAUGUUCAUCAGAGAAAGGAGCAGAAAGAAAACGCCUCUACUGUCUGAUUUUGGGUUGUUUGUUUGCCUUGCUUUGCAUUGCACUGAUGUUGGGAAUCAUAGGAUUCCUUUUUUAUCAAAGCAAGAUCAAAAGUCUAAACAUGCAACAAGAGGAGCCGAAAAAUCAAACCGGCAAGCUGGAGGAAAACAUAGAAAAGCUGGAGGAACAAAUAGAAAAGCUGGAGGAACAAAUAGAAAAGCUGGAGGAAACUCAAAAUGAGCUUAAUCUCAGCAGAGCUCAGUGGAGCAUUGAUGAAUACUGUCCUAAAGAGAAAAACGACGGAAAGUGUUCGCCAUGUCCGAGAGGCUGGGAACAUUUCCAAACCAACUGCUAUGCAUAUAAUGAUGCAGACGAAAACGAUCGAAAAAACUGGACUGAAGCACGAGAAGACUGUAGAGGAAAGGUUUCAGAUCUGACUGUUGUAGAAACCGAUGUGGAAAAGGGUUAUAUCAAUGGGAUCAGUCCUAAAGAAGAGGGGAUUAAAGGAUACUGGAUUGGCCUGAAAGCUGAUCAAGGAAAAUGGAAAUGGAUUGAUGGAACUGAACUAAGCAAUCAGGACUGGAUAGAAGAGAAAGCAACUGAUGGUCAGUGUGUGACUGCUCUCCAAGGCGAACAAUGGAGAUCAGUUAGCUGUAAGGAGAAGAACGCCUGGAUCUGUGAGAAGAAGGCUUUAAGUGUUGAUUAGGUCACAUUUAAAGUACAUAAAAACAACAACCUGUAAAUGUUUGUUUUUCCACACAUCAUAAAAUGAUGAACAUAAAGUUAAACUGUAUUUUACAUCCUCUCUGUGCUUUUAACAUGUGAUGCCAUCUUGAAAGACUCAAAUAUCGCACUGCCGCUUGAAUUUCAUAACAAUACUGGUAAUUGUGACUCACCAACUACACCAGGUCCUGAAUUUAUAUAGUUGCAAAAAUAACCCUGUUUAUAAUAACGACGUUUCAAAAUUCCCGACCCACAGCUUGCAGUAUGAUGGGAGGGUGAGUUUACCUUCUCCUUGGGAUGGUUGGUAUGAUGCUUCUGAGCUCUCAGUUAAUAAAGGGUUAAAGAUUGUUAUAGACUGCUGCCAUAAACGUGUGUUGAGAAAUUCGGAUGCCAUUCUAUAUAAAACAUGAGUCUAUUUUAAAUGCACCAAUGUGUAAUACUAACAAUAUUACAGAUUUUAAAGAACAAUUGUUGUAAAAUUGUGUUUGACUCAAUGAAUA